AUGUACGGCGAGAGCUAUCCAGCGGCGGCGCAGAGGUCCGGCCCACCGUCAACGGCGGUGAUCGACCAGCAAUACUGCUUGAGUUACCCAGUUGACCUGACCAUCGUGCGCAAGAUGUUGACUUUAUCGAAGGGAAACUUUGAGGUGAAAGAUGCCAACGGCAACUUAAUGUUCAAAGUCAACGGUGAUAAGGUCCUCUCCGGUUUGAAUGGUAGGUCGGUGGGUGUGGUCCAGUCCAUGCACUCGGGUUCGCUGGUACCUGCAAAGCGCCGGAAUUGCUCCGACGCAAACCCUCCGACGCCCAAACAUUCACUGACCGAGCACAUGGCGUAUGAUGACUUCGAGGGCCGAGGCUCGACCCCAAGCCCCUUCGCCGGUCGAUACUGUGGUUGGGGGUCGACUUCUUGGGCCAAUCGACGAGUCGACGCUAUGGUCGAAGUCGACACCUUGGUCCAAUCGACCCUUAGGUCCGGUCGACACUUGAGCGGGUCAAUGCAUGGUCUACGCUCAACCAUUAGACCAGUAGGUCAUUGGACCACACAUGGAAUAUGGCAAGUGUUUAGAGGAGAGAGUACAAAAGCAAAUGAUCUACUUUUCAGUGUUAAGAGACCUUCAAUCCUGCAAAUGAAAACAAAGCUCCACGUGUUCUUGGCUUCAAAUACGGCAGAGGAAUUAUGCGACUUCAAAAUCGAAAGCAGCUGGUUCGAGAGGUCGUGCGUUGUGUACCUCGGAAACUCCAACAAUAUAAUUGCUCAGAUGAAGAAAAACUGCAAUGCGCGAUGUAUUCUAACGGGGAAAGACUCGUUUAGUGUGACUGUGUACCCGAAUAUUGAUUAUGCCUUUGUGGUUGUUCUCGUCGUGCUUCUUGAGGAAAUCAACACCGUCCGUCGAGGAAAUUCAGGGGGACCUUAA